AUGCGGCGCGGCGCCCUCCCUCCCGCCGGCAGCAUGAGCCCGUCCUUCCUCCUCCUCCUCCUCCUCCUCGCCCUCCCCGCCCGCGCCCGGCGGGAGCAGGUGCCCGGCGGGGCGCAGCCGGGGCCGGCGGGCCGCAACGCCCCCGCGCCUCCCUCCUCCUCUUCCUCCGCUUCCUCCCUCUCCGCGGCGGCGGCGGCGCCCAGCCGCUUCCCGCGGAGCCGCCCGGGGCGGCGGCGGGGCCGCCUCUACUGCCGGGUGGGCAUCGGCUUCCACCUCCAGCUGCACCCCGACGGCCGGGUGGACGGCGCCCACGACGCCAGCCCGCUCAGUAUUUUGGAAAUAUUUGCUGUGUCUCAGGGGAUUGUAGGAAUACGAGGAGUUUUCAGCAACAAAUUUUUAGCGAUGUCAAAAAAAGGAAAACUCCAUGCAAGUGCCCGGUUCACGGCGGACUGCCAGUUUCGGGAGCGCUUCCAGGAGAACAGCUACAACACCUACGCCUCAGCUGUUCACCGCAGCCCGCGCUCGGGCCGCCAGUGGUACGUGGCGCUCAACAAGCGGGGCAAAGCCAAGCGGGGCUGCAGCCCCCGCGCCCGGCCCCAGCACGUCUCCACGCACUUCCUCCCCCGCUUUCGGCAGCCUCAGCCCCCCGAGCUCGCCUUCACCGUCACCCUCCCUGAAAAGAAACCCCCCCCGCCGCCGCCAAAACCGAAGGUCGCCCCGUCCCCGCCUCGGAAAAACCCCGGCCCUGUGAAGUACCGGCUGAAGUUUCGCUUCGGGUAGCGCGCCGUGGCGGGGAUGCCGGCGCGGGAGA